CCUUGUGUCGCUGCUGCCAGUAAACCUGCAGCAGAAGAAGAAGCGGCGGCGCAGAGCCAGUUAGCAGUGGGCUAACGAGAAUCUGACACCACCGGGAUGUCUACGGCCUCCAAAGUGGUUCUGGGAGUUUCUGUGGUUCUGACUCUGAGCACCGUGGCUGCCGUCCACCUCAAACAGUCCUGGGACAGACAGCGUCUCCACGAAGGUGUGGUUCGAGAUCUGGAGCGUCUGGAGAGGAAGAAGGAGAACCUGAAGCUACUGGAGGAGCAGAGGAUCCUGACCAGACAGCUGGAGGAGGAGAGGAGACGCAGGGAGGCAGAGCUCCACCCACAGGACACCUGAGACAGGUGUGCUGCUGGCCCAGACCUGACUCACCUGUCCUACCUGUCCAGGUGUGCUCCUGUACCUGAAGCGUGGGGGAUGGACAGCAGCAGCGAGCAGCUGGGUGUGGGGGAGGACGAGGCGGCCUGCACGUCUGCAUCAGAAGGCCUGGAG